CUCUUUAAACUACAAAGCCACGAAGCGGAAGCCGAAGAGCUCAAGGGAACAAGAUUGAGAGGGAAAAGAGAAGAAGAGAAGAGCAGCGAAGAGAGGGAGAGAUGACGAGCGUGGCGGAGGGGAAGGGAGGAUACUGGGCGGGAUUGGAAGGGCGGCGGUGCGACUCGUGCAAGGGAGCGGCCGCGCUGCUGUACUGCGGCGCGGACGCGGCCUACCUGUGCGGGGAGUGCGACGCGCGGGUGCACGGAGCGAGUCUGCUCGCUCUGCACCACGAGCGCGUGUGGGUCUGCGAGGUGUGCGAACAGGCGCCCGCCGCCUUCACCUGCAAGGCCGACGCCGCUGCGCUCUGCGUCGCCUGCGACGCCGACAUCCACGCCGCCAACCCCCUCGCCCGCCGACACGAGCGCAUCCCCAUCGUUCCCUUCCUCGAGCCCCUCAAGCCCUCCACGACCUCGGCCGCCGCGUUCCUCCUCGGCAACGAGAAGGAUGAGGAGAAGGAGAACGACGCGACCUCCUGGCUCCUCCCGAACCCCGGUCAUACGCACCCCAAGGUUUUGAUAGGGGCGCCGGAGAUCAAAUCUACUGAGUUCUACUUCUCGGACGUGAAUCCGUACCUCGAUCCGGAGUACAGCACUAAGAUGGACGCCGGAUUCUACCAGGCGGACAGCGUCGUUCCCGUCCACGCCAAGGCGUCUGGCUUCGACGGUGGUGCUCCGCCGCCUCCCUCGUUCCUCCCGGCCGAUGCCCCCAUCGAGCUCGACUGCGCCCCGUCCAAGCCCUCCUACGGCUCCUACACCACCCACUCCAUGAGCCACAGCGUGUCGUCGUCGGAGGCGGCAGUGGUGCCGGAUGGCAUCGGGAACGGUGCGGCGCCGACCGAUCGGGAGGCGAGGGUGAUGAGGUACCGUGAGAAGAGGAAGAGCCGGCGUUUCGAGAAGACGAUCCGGUACGCGUCGCGGAAGGCCUACGCGGAGACGCGGCCGCGGAUCAAGGGCCGGUUCGCCAAGCGAUCGGAGAUCGAGGCGAAGCUCGACCGCCUCUACCCCUCCUCCGCCGCGGCGGCGUUCAUGGUGGACGGCGGCUACGACGUCGUGCCCUCCUUUUGAGAGAGCCCUCCUUUCUGCUCUGUAACGAUAUGUGAUAGCGCUCGUCGAUGCGCUCUCGAUUUCGGCUCUCGGAAUCGUAUAUAUAUUUAUAUAUAGUGUAAGAAUAAGCUACGGGCGGGCUCUUUUUAUGCCCUGGACACGAAUCUUGAUGCAUGAUUUAGGUUUCUCUCUUUACCUUUA